GUUGUCAAGCGGGUAAUUUGAAAUGAUUGAAAGUUUGAUCAAUAUAAUCUUACAUUGAGUAAAGUACACGUGUAAUUUUAUAUUACAAAGUGGUUUUUAAUGUAACAGUAAGAAGAAAGAAGUAUAAUGGAUUUAACAUCUACAAAAUCCAGUCAUAGUGUAUCUGAUAUAUCAAAUACUUCUAGCGUGUCUGCUAAAAUAAAGAGAUUGCAAAUAGAAGAAAGCCUACUUCUUCAGAGUAUAACAAAAUGUAUUAAUGAAAAUUCACAAGCGUCACAAGAGAAUGAUACAUUAAACUCAUCGUCACCUAACGAAUUCAAAUAUUUUACUGACAAAGCUAAAAAUAAAUAUCGGGAAAUAAAGUUGCUGUUUCAAGAUAUACAAACAGGCAUUUCUUCGAAAGAAUUGUUACAAACCCUUGAUAUCGAUGAGGUUAAGAAAUCUACACUUGAAUUAGAAAACCGUAUCAGAGCAUUUAAAUCGUAUUUACAAUCUGAAUUAGCCCGCCUUAAAGCCGCUGAAGUGGAAUUGAAUCAAAAUGUGAAAGAAGAUCUGGUUUCAGUCAAUAAGUUCAAAAAGAAUGUUAGAAUUCAAACUGCGAAAUACAACGAAAUUGUGCCUAGUCCUGUAAAAACUAUGAUAUCGUCGCCGUUUAAGUGUGUGGAAGUUCAACAAUUCCAAGAAUUUAUGAUGAACAGUCCAAAUCGAUAUGGAGGAUGGAACGAAUAUCAUCAUAACAUAUUCGUUAAUCACUGGCAAAAAUACUUAGGUGCCCUAAUUGAUGGUUCCCAUGAUGAGCACAUUCAUGAUAUUCAACAUUAUCCAGGAUAUGAUACGUUUUUAAGUGAACUAUUACCAAAAUUACAAGGAAUUCACGAACAAGAUGUUAUUAGUCACAUUCGAUGGUAUUUAAAAUACAUUUAUCUUAAGAAGCAACAGCAAAAAGCUAUUGACCAAUGGCGGUCCAAUAGAAGAAUCAUGAAAUCAGUAACAAAGGAACAGCCAACACACAUGGCGAAUGAAAAUGAUAAAAUAAAGAAUAAUAGAAGGAAAAGUGCUAACGACAUUAUUUCAGGUAAACGAGAUUCGUUCCCGCAUUCUACAAGUCAAGAUAAAAUGGGCUUCAUAAGAAAAUGUUACAGUCAAGACAUGAAAAACGGAGAAGAUCUAGUAAAACAAAUAUCUAAAGAUCAUAAAGACAUUGACGACGAAACAAUAAGGCAUUUCCAAAAAGCAACAAAGCAGUGGUGUGACAGACUUAAUAGUAAAGAAGUUGAAACAAAAAUGAACACAAAUAGUCUUGAAAACAUUAAAAAACUACGUGUUCCAGAUUGGAGAGCUGGAUUAUAAUAAAGUCUUUGGGAUUAACUUGGGAAUAAAUGUCUAAGUUGGACACAAUGGCCUUACUGAUACUAUUAAUAGAUAUCUCUGUUAAAAUAGGAAUAUAAAAUUAAAAUAUUUUAUUUUAUUGUUUUUUCGCCUUGAUCGUCCCACUGUAGGGCAAAGGCCUCCCUACUCUCCUUUCACUCCUCUGUGCAGAGCAUUCUGCGGCCAAUCCUCAAUUCCUAUCAUAAAUGUCAAGUUUGUUCCGCCAUCUCCUUCUGGGCCGCUUAAAAUAUUAUAUAAAUCAAUUUUUAGAUUCUGAGUCUCUAGAUAUCUUGUAUUUUUAAUUUCCUCUGCUUCCUUGAAAAUAUCUAUUUUAAUCUGUGCGUUUUGAAUUUUGUAAUGACGUGUGAUUAUUUGAUUUGACAUUCGUUGUGAUUUUGACAAGCAAGUGUUGUCGUCAGGAAGGCCGACGAGUGAGCGUUCGACAACGCGAUCAUUUUUCAUUCGUUUUUGUUGCGCUACGUCUUGGGUGAGCGACCUAUUGUUCGUUUGCCGGCGAAGGAGCAACACGCGGUUUUAGUUCCUCCCGAUAAAAUAUUAUAAAACUAUCCUACUAGUUAGGAUUAAUUCGCAAAAAUAAUAAGAAAAAGGGUAAAACUUUUAAUCAUGGGCGCUUUCGCAGCAGCUCUUGGUUU